AUGUAUCAUUUCAGAAUUUCCAGAGAGCACCUGUUUGAAGCUGAGAUUACCGUGGGUGGAUCCAAGGAAUUGACUGGGGGUGAAUCCCAGGAUUUUACAGGGAGUGGAUCUGGGGUUUUGUACUUCUGGUCCUUAGACAAUCGUCAGUCUCCUGCUAGCACUGUUAACUGGGUUAUUGAGGAAAUUGACCGGCCUGGUACAAGUGUACUAACAGUGGGUGCUCAGAAUGACCUUGGAGAUAAGUUACUUGCUGUACAGGAGGUGAAGAUCCAAUACCCUCUCCUUGAUGUGACCUUGACCUCCAACCCUACAGUGGAGGGGCGUGUCUGUGACAUCACGGUCCAGGUGACAGGAAGUCGGGACGUCGUGUUUGACGUGGAUUUUGGUGACGGAGUUCAGGCUUCGUUAUCCUCUGAUGAUGUCGUUGUUACCAUAGAUACCACCUCUAGCUCAUAUCUACCUAAAUACACCACCUUCCUACAACACCAGUACAAUCUGAAAGGUCAGUACCAGGUCAAGGUCAAUGUGUCUAAUGCCAUCUCCUGGGUGACGGGUGAUGUCACGGUGAUGGUAGGGGAGGCUGUCGGGGAUGUUACCCUGGAGAUCCUGUCCCCCCACAGGGAGCUGCCCGGGGUCUACGUUGUGUCCCUCAGUGAUCCACUGACUGUCCGAGUGACCGCUGGCAGGGGAGAUAACCUUACCUUCACCUGGGACUUCUCCGAGUAUUCUGACGGAGGCACCAAGGACCAGCUAGGGAAUGGUAGUUCCAGCACGGCGACCUACGCCUUCAGUAUGACGGACAUUUUCCCAGUGUCUAUCAGUAUCAGCAGUCCCUACUACCAGGUCCCCCAGGUCUUCCCAUUCAAACACAAGUUCAAGGUCGUCCAGGAAAUCCAGGGAGUUUAUCUGGAGGUUGUGGGGUCGGGGAAGACAGGAGCCGCCCUCAAACGUGUGAACGGAGCAUUACAAACGGAGGAGAUACAUUUCCUAGCCAGGUAA